CCAAUGAGAGUGCGAAGCGCAGGGCGGGGCGGGGCCCCAGGCGCGCGCGGCCCAGGCAUGGCGGACACCGCGCUGUUCGAGUUCCUGCUCACGGAGAUGGUAGCGGAGCUGUGGGCUCGCGAUCGCGAUCCCGAUCCCGGACCGAGGGGUCAGAAGACGAGCCUGUCGGCGCUGGAGGGCAUGGGCUUCCGCGUGGGCCAGGCGCUGGGUGAGAGGCUGCCCCGGGAGCUGCCCGCCUUCAGGGAGGAGCUGGACGCGCUCAAGUUCCUGUGCAAAGACCUGUGGGCCGCCCUGUUCCAGAAGCAGAUGGACAGCCUCCGCACCAACCACCAGGGGACCUACGUGCUGCAGGACAACAGCUUCCCCCUGCUGGUCCGCAUGGCGUCGGGUGUGCAGUAUGUGGAUGAGGCCCCCAAGUUCUUGGCCUUCCCCUGCGGCCUCCUGCGCGGAGCCCUCAGCACCCUGGGCAUCAGGAGCCUGGUCACCGCCUCCGUGACCACCCUGCCGGCCUGUAAGUUCCAGGUGGUGAUCCAGAAAUCCUGAGACAUCCCAGGCCCCUCCACACCCCAGCUGGGCCGCCAGCCACUGCUGCCUUUGGGGCAGGGGGUGCCCAGCCACUGUGAGCACCCUGCAUGGCAGGACAGUUAGGAGGUGUGGGGCUCCACAAACAUGUCGAAUGAAAGCUUCAUGUGGGGCCAGGCGGUGGUGCACCUAGUAGAGUGCACACAUUACAGCGCACAAGGACCUAGGUUCAAGCCCCUGGUCCCCACCUGCAGGGGGAAAGCUUCACGAGUGGUGAAGCAGGGCUGCAGGUGUCUGUCUCUCCCCAUUACCAUCUCCCCCUCCCCUCUCAAUUUCUGGCUGUCUCUAUCCAAUAAAUAAAUAGAGAUUUAAAAAAA